CAGGCGACAUCAUUGCUUGGUGGUGAUGCGAUCCCAGGAUUGGCGUCGGCACUUGCGUUGACUGAUUCGGCGGCCAUGGACUGCGUCGCCGCCUCCGCCGUCGUCGUCGUUGCAGGCACCGAGAGCGCUAGGCUGCAGUCGGCCUCCGUCGCAUCGGUCGGCGUCAGGCAUGGUGCUCUCUGGACCCGGCCGCCGCGUUGGUGACGUCGCCAGCACCAGCCGGGCUCGUCUUGGCUGGGUCCGACUUGGGCGCUGUCGGCUUGCUGGUGGCCCUUGCUUCUCCAUCUUGUCUCUGCCGUCUGCCUCUGCCAACUUGCAAUCCAGUUCCACUCGCGUCCCAGACUCGUCGCCGCCAUGUCGUCCGCUGCCGAUGCCGCCGUCAAGAUCGUCGUUCAUCCAGUCAAGGGUCGCUGCUACUAUGCGACCCGGCCGAUUCGGAUCAGCGAGACGGUCCUCCAAACCCGUCCUUUCAUCGGCGUGCCGGCUUACAACGGCAUCAUGAAGGAACACUGCGAACGGGUGUGCAUGGGAUGCCUCAGGUGGCUGGACCAUCCAGUCGGCGAGCCCAUUCGCUCGGCGCUUGGCUCGCCGUUCCAUGUCUAUUGCAGCCGCGAGUGCGAGGCUCGCGACUGGGAAUGCUACCACCGCUUCGAAUAUCCCUUCUUCAAAGACCUGUUCCAGCCCCCGGCCUCGCUCGCCAGCGCCUACCACGUCGACUACAUCCGCCUCCUGAGCCGUGCGAUGCUGCGCCGGCUCUGGGAGCUCGUCGACAGUCAAGCAGGCACCAGCGCCCCGCGCCGACAUGGCCCACACGAAGACCCGCACACCAGCUUUGCCUCGCUUGAGAAUCUCUGCAGCAACGAGAGCUCGACCGAGCCCGAGGCCCUCGCUGCCUUCAAGAAAUCCGCCGCCAUCCUCGAGGCCUUCCUGACCAAGGUUGUCCACCCCGAGCUCGAGUCCCGCGGCAUCCCGUUCUCCGAGUUUUGGACGACGCCCGUGAACGGAACCCUCUACGACAAGGCCCUUGAGCUCAUCUGCAAGGAAGAGGUCAACGUCUUUGGGCUCUACAACUUCAAGAUAGGCGGCAUUCACAGCGAGCGCCAGUGCUAUGCCUCGGCCGUCUACACCACCGCCGUGUUCUUCAACCACUCCUGUGCCCCGAACGUCGGUCAUCACUACAUCGAAACUGCCGAGGGCGGCGGCCUGAUGACGUUCUUUGCCCUUCGCGACAUCCAGGAAGGCGAAGAGCUGCUGAUUUCGUAUGUCCCGCUGAGCACCAGCAGCGGCACCAACCCCAGGGCCAACCGCAGGGCCUUUCUCAAGCACUACUUUCAGUUCGACUGCGAUUGCGCCCGCUGUGAAAGCGAAGACGACUCCGCUGUCAACUCAAACCAAGCUGCCGCGCAGGAGUGGAGACGCAUUUGCGAGGCGUACAUCUGCGGCAUCGACUCUUGCCGCGGAUGGCGUGCUCCCAGGACUCCUGGUUCGCUGGAAUGGGUCUGCGUUGCCUGUGGAGGAGUGGUCAGCGUCGGCCAAAGUCCUGCUGGACACUAGCCCAAGCGACCGGACCCGACCCGAGAUCACGAUCGAGAUGGAACCAAAAUAGAGCCUCGGCAUCCAACAAUUGGAUACUGUCGCCGAGCCCAAUGCUGGUCACUGCAUGCCAAGAAAGCCGAUGCGACGUCCAGUAGAUACCGUCUGCACAAAACGAAACGGGAGACCCUGUGUUGAGUCAGGGCUGUUGCUCGGUCCGAAUAUGAAUACAGGCCCGUCACCAUAACCCAAC